CUCCAUCACAGAGCUGGAGAUGACGUAAUUUUACGAUGUCACAUUGAAUCUUCAGCCGACCUAUGUUCUGAUACUCUCUGGAUUUACAACAACAUUCAAAAUACAGAGGCACACAUCAAUGUUUAUAAUGGAGAGAUUGUGAAGACGUCACCUGGAGCUGACAGGAUGAAUGUGAGCAGUAACUGCUCUCUGAUCAUCAACAACAUCACUGCUGAAGAUGCUGGUCUUUACACCUGGUGGAAUGACUAUUCUAAUGGUCCCACACCUUUGUAUCUGAGUGUUUUAACAGUCUCUCCAUCUCCACCAGAUGUGGAUCCAGGAAGGGAUGGAGACGUGACAUUACGCUGUUCUCUGGUGAGACACCGUUAUUUGGGUUCCUGUGAGCAGAACAGCAUCAUCUGGGUGGAUGAGACAGGAAGUGUGCUGCUCGGUGAAGGUGAUGGGUUUGUGUCUGGAGGACAGAACAACUGUGUUUCUGAUCUGAUGGUGAAACAUCAGAGACGCUCCAAGAGAAGAUUCACCUGCCAGGUUGUUGAAGGAGACAGAGUGGAGAUAGAUGCUGAAUACACGCUGGACUUUACAGAUUCCAGUCUGAUCAAUACCAGAUUGAUUAUUGGAUGGGUGGUCGGGGGACUGAUUAUGGUUCUGGUCAACAUCGCUACGUGUCUCAUCAUUUACAGGAUGAAAGUUAAAAGGAACAAUCCCAAAAAUCCAACAGAUGUUCAGUUGCCAAUGCAGCAGUAUGUGAACAGGGAUAAAAAUUAUGAGGAUGUGGUGAUCUAUGAAAACAAUGAAGGCCUGCCUGCUUCUGUCCGAUCCACAGAUCAAUAAAUCAGCUGUGUGUGAUAGAAACAUUAGCGU